GACAAACAUGAUCUAAGUGUAACCAGCCCCUUCCCCUUAUAGACUAUUGCAAUGUCAGCAUAAACGACCCUUGAAUCCUGAUGAAGACACUAACUGUUCUCCUGGUGUCCUGUGCUCUGUCAGCGUUAUUCUCCAGUGCUGCUGGUCUCCUGGAGGGACUCUACUGUGGCAGAGAGAGCUGCUAUGACGUUCUUCAAGUGGACAAAGAUGUCACAGCUGCUGAGAUGAUGAGAGCCUAUCGACACCUGGCACUGGAGUACCAUCCUGACAAGAACAAGGUAACAGAGGGAGAGUUGGCUGAGGGCUCUAGGGAGAGGUUCCAGCUCAUCAGCACGACCUACGAGAUACUGAAGGAUGAGGAGGAGAGAGCAAACUAUGACUACAUGCUUGAGAACCCUGAGCAAGUGUACCGUCACUACUAUCACUACGACCAUCGUCGAGGGACCUCCCAGGUGGACAUCCGAGUGAUUGUGGGUGUGGCCAUCAGCGUCAUCUGUCUGGUCCAGUACCUCGGCUGGUGGCACUCGUACAAUACAGCCAUCACUGCAGCUCUCUCAGAAUGCCAAGGUACAAGAUGCGCGUGCAACUAUGAAAGUGUACCAGCUCUACAAGGAGAAAUGGGAGAGAUCAUUAACUUUCAGCAAACACUCAGUGUCUAUGCACAUGAUUCCUGCUGUCACUGAUCUUCAUUCAUUAUUAAUUUUUAUCUCCCCAGUCCUAUUAUAGUCAUAAUUGACCAUCUAUCUACUUUACUCCAUGCAAAUUGAUGUUACAGUGGAACCUCUGUUAACAACCACCUCCGAAUAAAGGCCAGUUGCUAUAUAACGGCCAGGCACCUAGGUCCCAAAUGAACAGUUUGUGUACAAAACAACCUCUCAACAAAGGCCACCUCUGUAUAUAAAGGCCAAAACAUAAUUAUUGUUCCCCAAAUGUGUCCGUUAUACAUGUAGUUAGAGGGAUUCCACUGUAUAUUCAAAAUCAUUGCCCAUUAAUUGCU